UGCUCAUUUCAGGCAGUAGUGAAAUUGUGGUGAAACUUACGAUUAAUGGCCCUGAUACACGCAAGUAUGGACUACAAAAACGAAGGCCACAGCGGCGUCAAUCAGCUGGGUGGCAUCUUCGUGGGUGGCCGACCGCUACCCGAUUCCACCCGGCAGCGAAUCGUCGAGCUGGCACACGCUGGAGCACGACCCUGUGACAUAUCCCGGAUUCUGCAGGUUUCCAACGGGUGCGUUAGUAAGAUUCUGGGAAGGUACUACGAAACCGGUAGCAUCCGACCGCGGGCCAUCGGAGGUUCCAAGCCUCGCGUAGCCACCCCGGAGGUGGUUCACAAGAUCUCAAUGUACAAACAGAACUGUCCGAACAUUUUUGCCUGGGAGAUCCGUGAUAAAUUGCUGAAUGAACGGAUUUGUACGCCGGAAAACAUUCCCAGUGUCUCCUCAAUCAAUCGCGUGCUGCGGAAUCUAGCCGCUCAGAAAGAGUUCAGCAAGAAGCCACACAUCCAAGAUUCAUCCACCGAAGAAUCGAGUUACUUGUCCGCCAAACCACUCAGUGACAGUUCGCCCUUUAUUCACUACAAAUACGGGGACAAUGUUGACAUCAAACCGACCAACGAGCAGGAAAGUAAGAGCCCCUUCGGAAAGCACUGUUUCACCAAUCUGGAUUCACCGGUGGGACUCGGUACGGGCGGUGGUAGUAGUAGCAGUAGCAACAUCAAACCUCCGUCGAUUCCACAAACCGUCAACUUCGAUAGCGAUUCGGAACGGCUCAGCCUGAAACGUAAACUGCAACGUAACCGGACAUCCUUUACCGUUGACCAGAUCGAGUACCUGGAGAAGGAGUUCGAGCGAACGCACUAUCCGGAUGUGUUCUCCCGGGAACGAUUGUCUUCCAAAACCAAUCUACCUGAGGCGCGGAUUCAGGUUUGGUUCUCCAACCGCCGUGCCAAGUGGCGUCGUGAGGAAAAGCAACGUUCGCAAGCAGUUUCCGAAGGAUCGAACGUUGCCGUGUCCGUAUCGGCAGCUGCCCCUCCACAACCAUCCGCCAUUUCUUCCUGUAUGAACCUCACUUCUCCGUUGGUUUCCCACGUGUACGAUUCGAACAUGUGCGUCGAAGAUUCCAACAGCAAUUAUUUGAGCAAAACGUACCCGCUGGAACCGACCGCCUUCCAGAAUCUUGAUCCGCUGAAGUCUCCCCAGUCCCACCAUUCCCAGAACCACUCGCCCAUGUCGUUCAAACUGUUUCCGUCCAACGUGGGCGGUGGAUCGGCAACUCAGGGAAGCUCUGGUGGUGGUGGUGGUGGUGGUAGUGGCGGCGGAGGUGGCGGGGGAGGAUCUGGAAGUGGCCAAAGCUCAUCCGGAGUACACCACGAACCGAGCAUGAUGGAUGCGGUAGCUCUAUCGAAUAAUGGCGGUUUCUCACACGUACCUACCUCGGACGACAAGUCCCUGUACAACCACUUUGCCUAUUCGGCUUCGUCCGUGGCGGUUGCAGCCGCAGCCAAUAUGCACCAUUCGGCUGCGUACUCUGCGGCUGCCGCCGCGGCAGCCGAUCACCACCAUCACCAUCAUCAUCAUCAUCAGUCGUACAAUGGGAUGUACCUGAAGAAUCAACUGUACAAUAUUCCGUCCAGCGGAGUUUUGAGCUUCCAAUCGACGCUGGACUGGAACAAGAGUUAAUGGUAAGCGUCAAUGGGGGGUGACGACGCGAUAGAUUUCCCCUGUGGAUUGAUGUUGAUGCUGAUGAUAAUGAUGAUGUUUGAUAUGACGAUGAUUGCCAUAACAAGGAAGAAGAAACCGUUGCAGUAUUUGUGGUGCGCUCCGAAUCUCUCUUUAUCACUUUACUAUUGAAAAAAAACGUAAAAUAAAUGUUGAAACCGAUGACACAAAGGUACAUAUGUAAGAGGAAACAGAAUCGUGAUCAGUUUUUUUGCUAAUAGUGAUGGUUGUCCGUACUUAUACAUAUAUCUAUAUAUAUCGAACAAACAAAAGGUAUUAUUUUUGCGUCUCAUUACAUUCUAUUAAAUGCUGUGAAACAACAAAACAAAAUGUGUUAGACAAAUUGAAUAUUUUAAAAUUGAAGCUCUAGCGUGUAGGUGAGUCGUAAUUGCAAAUCUUCUUAGAACAAUAUUACUGGUUCCAGUAAACUUGAAACUGAAAUGUACAAUAAAACUGCACAUUAUUACU